AUGGCCGCUCCUACCUCCGCCGCUGUCGACCAGCUCGCCAGCGAUCUUGGCAACACCUCUCUCAACGGCAGCGAUGCUCCUGGCGCCCCUGCCAUCAACACCAACGUCUCCGGCGAGCCUGGCCUCGGCCUCCCUCUAUGUUGGCGAGCUCGACCCUCCGUUACCGAGGCUAUGCUCUUCGAGCUCUUCUCCCAGAUCGGCUCCGUAGCCUCCAUCCGUGUCUGCCGUGACGCCGUGACGCGCCGUUCUCUCGGCUACGCCUAUGUCAACUACAACGCCACCAAUGAUGGCGAGAAGGCGCUCGAGGAGCUAAACUACACCCUCAUCAAGGGCCGCCCCUGCCGCAUCAUGUGGUCUCAGCGUGACCCUGCCCUCCGAAAGACUGGCCAGGGCAACGUUUUCAUCAAGAACCUCGAUGUCGCUAUCGAUAACAAGGCUCUCCACGAUACCUUUGCCGCCUUCGGCAACAUCUUGAGCUGCAAGGUCGCUCAGGAUGAGCACGGUGCCUCCAAGGGUUAUGGUUUCGUACACUACGAGACUGACGAGGCUGCCGCCCAGGCCAUCAAGCACGUCAACGGUAUGCUUCUCAACGAGAAGAAGGUUUACGUCGGCUACCACAUCCCCAAGAAGGACCGCCAGAGCAAGUUUGAGGAGAUGAAGGCCAACUUCACCAACGUCUAUGUCAAGAACAUCAACACCGAUGCUAGCGACGAUGAGUUCCGUGAUCUCUUUGCUCAGUACGGCGACAUCACCUCCUCUACCCUCGCCCGCGACCCCGAAGGCAAGAGCCGUGGCUUCGGCUUCGUCAACUUUACCACCCACGAGGCCGCCGCUAAGGCCGUCGACGAGCUCAACGGCAAUGACUUCCAUGGCCAGGAGCUUUUUGUUGGUCGUGCCCAGAAGAAGCACGAGCGCGAGGAGGAACUCCGCAAGUCGUAUGAGGCUGCCCGCCUUGAGAAGGCUAACAAGUACCAGGGUGUCAACCUGUACAUCAAGAACCUCGACGAUGACGUUGACGACGAGAAGCUGAGGCAAAUGUUUAGUGAAUUCGGCCCCAUCACGUCGGCCAAGGUCAUGCGCGACCAGCCCGGCGAGGGCGAGGAAGAGAAGGAGGGCAAGGACAAGGAGAACACCAAGGAGGCCGUCAAUGAGGCCGAGGAGCCCGUCGUUCCCGAUGAGGAGGGUGACAAGAAGGGCGACAAGAAGGGCGAUAAGAAGGCUGGAAAGAGCAAGGGCUUUGGCUUCGUCUGCUUCAGCAACCCCGACGACGCUACCAAGGCCGUUGCGGAGAUGAACCAGCGUAUGAUCAACAGCAAGCCUCUCUACGUCGCCUUGGCCCAGCGCAAGGAUGUUCGCAAGAGCCAGCUUGAGGCUAGCAUCCAGGCCCGCAACCAGAUCCGUAUGCAGCAGCAGGCUGCCCAGGCCGGCAUGCCCGGACAGUACAUCCAGCCCGCCGCCGUCUUCUACGGACAACCCGGCUUCAUGCCCCAGGGCGGCCGCGGCAUGCCUUUCCCCAACCUGGCAUGGGUAUGCCUGGUAUGCAGCCCGGUAGGCCCGGCCAGUUCCCCGGUGGUUAUCCUCCUCAGGGUGGCCGCGGAAUGCCUGGCCAGAUCCCUCCCAACAUGUUUGGCAUCCCCGGACAGUUCCCCCGGUGCCCCUUACCCCCAGGCCAACAACCCCCAGUUCCUCGCCGCGAUCCAGCAGGCUCAGCAGGCCGGUAUCCAGGGCGGUCGUGGCAACGCUCCUCCCGGCGGCCGUGGCCCCAUGCAGGGCAUGCCCCCAACAUGGCUGGCAUUCCUAGCGGGUAACUUUAACCAAGGUGCCGGCCGUGGCCAGGCUCCCGCCGGUGGCCCCGAGGCUGGCAAUGGCAGUGUGCUCCAGCAGCAGCUCGCUGCCGCUGGUGGCCCUGCCCAGCAGAAGCAGAUGCUCGGUGAGCUCAUCUUCCCCAAGAUCCAGGCCAUGCAGCCUGAGCUUGCUGGUAAGAUCACCGGUAUGCUUCUCGAGAUGGACAAUGCCGAACUCAUCAACCUUAUCGAUGAUGGCGAUGCGUUGAAGCUCAAGGUUGACGAGGCCCUUACCGUCUAUGACGAGUAUGUUAAGGGACAGCAGCCUCCUACCGAGGCUGGAGACGACAAGAAGGAAGAGAAGAAGACUGAGGCCUAA